AUGACUGACUAUGUGACUGUAGCUGCACUAGAUCAAUCACCUAAACCUUAUUCCAUUUUCAACCAUGUUUGCUAUGAUGGAUUGAAACCAGCUUAUCAAGACUACUUGAGAGCUUUCUCAGUUGUUAUUGAACCUCAGAUAUUCCAUGAAGCAUCCAAAGACAAGAACUGGAUUGAAGUCAUGAAGGCAGAAAUUCAAAUAUUAGAAGAUAACAAAACAUGGGAAUUGGUGCCAUUACCAGCAAGGAAAACUCCCAUAGGUUGUAGAUGGAUUUACAAAGUAAAGUACAAAGCCAAUGGGGAUAUUGAGAGGUUAACAUCACGCUUGGUAGCUAAGACUAUUCCUUAUUUACAAAGAAGCAAAACAGAAAAAAUAGUGGUCAUCCUUAUAUAUGUGGAUGACAUGAUAAUUGUUGGUAAUGAUCUGACACUCAUGGAAGAAACCAAGAAGCAAUUACAUCAGUCCUUCAAGCUUAAAGAUUUGGGUGAGUUGAAGUAUUUCUUGGCCAUUGGGUUUUGUAGAUCUCGCAGAGGAAUCAUGAUGAAUCAGAGAAAGUAUGGCCUGGAGCUCAUAUCAAAAAUGGGGUUGAGUGCAGCUAAGCCAAGGUGGACACCUUUGGAUUGCAAUCAAAAACUCACAACUACUGAGCUGGAUGAAGUUGCAGGAUCAAGUAGUGAUGAACCACUGGAAGACAAAGGACAAUAUCAAAGGUUGAUUAGAAAGUUGAUGUAUCUAACCAUGACCAUACUAGACAUUGUCUUUGUUGUUCAGACAUUUAGUCAGUUUAUGCAAAAUCCAAAAAGGUCACAUUGGGAAGCAGCCAUAAGGGUAGUUAAAUAUAUGAAACGGGAACCAGGAUUAGGCAUCAUGAUGAGCAGCAAUACGAAGAACACCUUGACUGCAUUUUGUGAUGUUGAUUGGCCAUUUUGUCCAAACACAAGGAAGUCAGUAACAGGCUUUGUCGUGAAACAUGGAGAUUCGUUAGUUGCAUGGAUGUCAAAGAAGCAGAAUACAGUGUUCAAGAGCUCAGCAAAAGUAGAGUACAAAAGCAUGUCUUCAGUAGUUUCAGAGUUGGUAUGGUUAAUAGGGGUGUUCAAAGAGCUGGGAGCAAAAGUAGAAUUGCUAGUUCUAUUGCACUGUGAUAGUAAAGUUGCAUUGCAGAUAGAAACAAACCCAGUGUAUCAUGAGAGAACAUAA